AUGAAUUACUUUAGUGGAAAGUUUUGUAAUUUGGAGGAUUAUAAACAACUAUGUGGGGAUAUCUUAAGUUAUUAUUCCAGUUUAAACAAACCUAGAAAGCUAGAAAAAAACCAACGAGAGCACUCCAUUUUAAAUAUAUCUUUUGAUCCAAAAAACUUUCAGUUGAUUAACUCAAGUAAAAUUUUUUCUGAAAAAGAAAUAGUUGAGAAUAUUCGGACUGUUGCUGAAGUUUUGAUUUGGGAGGACCAAAAUGAAGAACAGGGUUACUUUGAAAUUACAUGUGAAUUUGAGAUCUUCUCCAUUCUAGUAGAAUUGGUAAUUAACAUAGAAGUUAAUUAUUCAAUUAGAAAGCAGUCUUUACAGACUUUAUCAAUUAUUUUGCAGAAUAUCAGAAACAUUAAUAUUUUGUAUUAUAUUUUGAGUAAUAAUGUUAUUACUAAACUAUUGAAUAACACAUUCAGAUCAGGAAGUCUACAUAACACUUCACAAAACUCCUAUGAGAUUGAUUUAAAUAUUAGUAUAAUUAGUAAAGAAGAGGAAGAAGAGGACGAACUUUUAUCAUAUUACAUAGCACUACUGAGAACUUUAGCUUUAAGACUUAACAAGGAAACUAUUAGACUAUUUAUUAAUAAUUCAACAGAAUUCCCUCUAUGGAAAAAUGCAUGCAUGUAUAUUAAUCACCGAGAUACUAUGGUUAGAAAUACCAGUAGGAAUGUUUUGCUUAAUAUCCUGAGAAUUAGAGAAAAAGAAAUCAUUGAUUACAUUGUUUUGGAAGAAAUUAAACACUUUAAUUACCUGGGACAGAUAGAGGAGGUUAUAAGGAAUAUUGAAAUUGAUCCAAACAUAACUCAAGAUCUUUUUAGAGAAUCAUUCUAUUCUCAUGAAAAUCAUUCAAUAAGUAUCAUUCAAAUUCUAAUUUCUAGCUUAAUCAAACAAAUCCACCAGUUUGGAGAGCUUGCAGAAAAAGUUGAUUUUGGAUGGCCUGAAAUAGAAGAAUACAUGUGUCUUAUUAUUAAUGACCAACAAGAGUCUCAUCCUUAUGAUGACGAAACUAAUGAAAUUACACAAACUGUAAAUAUGUCUCCAAUCAGUGCAACAUCCCCUAUUACCCUUUCCUAUACAGAAACUGAUUCUACUAAUGAGUAUAACUCUCCGAUAGUAAAUCAAUUAAACCCAACAUUUUAUGACCGUCUCAUUAAGCCUUUAGGUAAACAGGUGGAAAUCAUUUUAGAUCUUAUGGAACUAUUUCAUGAGUUUGUGUUUCUUGAAAUUCAAAGUAUCUCCUGGUUAUUUUGUAAUUCAAUACUACAUCAAGUAUUUGAAAUGGUCCUCUUUCAAAAGAUUACUAAUGAAAUCUCAUACAUUAACCAAGGAAUUUCUAGAAAUACCUUAUCAAUUAAGAUCUAUCUUUAUAUUACCUACCAGCUUAUUUUGUUUCUUUACAAUAAUAACCAAAACAAAGUUUAUGAUCUCCUGAUCUCUAAUAUUUGGGAGAGGUUUCUAAAGCUUGGAAACCAACAAACACUUUUUGGAAACAUAUUUUCUACCUUGAUUAACUAUCUAGAACAAGAUUCUGAGUUUGUUUUAAUGUUUGGAUUACUGAGCUUAUAUUCUAUUUGGGGUAAAAAAUAUGAGGAAAAGAUUAAGGAUGCUAUCAUAGAAGAUCCUCCCGAGAAUUCUCUUUCUUGUAAUGAGACAACUCUCUCAGAAAGAAAGGAAAAAAAGAAAAUGGAAAUUUCUACAAAGAAAGACUUAGAAACCUCAAACAUUGUCCCUAACUUAUUUCAGUCAUUUAUUAACAACUUUUCUAACUUUUUCCAUCAAAAAGAUGAUCAAGAGAGUCUAAUUGAGGAGAUCUACAGAACAAAGAAUACAGAAAAUAUAUCUUUAGUGGAAAUAGAAUUUACAAACCCAAUCUGUUCAAACUUGUCACUAAAACAAAAACAAAUCCAUCAGAGAUCUUUUGAAAAAAGGAGAUGUAAAUCUCUUCCAAGAAAUUGGAAAUGUGGUCAGGAGGAUAAAAAUAACUUCUUAUACAGUCUAGAAUCUUCCAAUACUAUGAUGAAAGCUUGUAUAAAGGAAAAAAUACUCAAAAAAGACUUUGAAAGUAUAAUAAGUCAAUCAGAGCUUCUUAUUAAAAAAGAAUUUCAAAGCUUUUACUCGAAGCUAAAUUUCGAGAUCUUGUCUCAUGAGUUAAAUAACCAAGGACUGGAAUGUCUUUUAUUUUUAGCUCAAUUUCUAGAAAAGAUUGUUUCCAUUUCUAAGAAGAAUAAUUAUAUGACAAAAUUAAGACCUUUGUGUUUAUUUAUUGUAACUUUUUUGACGCUAGGAGUAAUUCAGGAUCAUGAGACAGUGAGACAAAGUAACUAUUUUCAAGAUUUCUGCUCACUUUUGGAUACCUUCAUGGGAUACUUUAAAAAUAUUACUUUGAGACAUAUUGGAGACUUACUUAGAAGGGAUCUAAAUACUGGAGAGAAAUAUUCAAUAUUUAAUGAAAUAGGGAAUUUGAAUUAUAUGAUUUGUGAAAACUUCUUGGAAUGGAAGGAUGAGGACGAGCUUUUAAUUCUUAGGAUGUUUGAGAAUUAUAAUAAUACAAUUCUAUGGACUCAAAAAGUGAUCUCUAACUUUUGUAUUCUUCCUUUAAUCCGAGAUUCUAGUUCCAGAAAACUAUCAAAAAGGUAUUUAUGGAAUUUAAUAGAUACUUAUCCAAUUUUCAGAUGGUUUCCAAAUAACUCUUGUAAUCUUUUUGUAAAUGAGGAGGGAUCAGGAAAUUCAAGAUCCAUUUUUAUAGACAAACUAAGAAGUAAUUAUAAUAACCUUCAGAUAUUUGAGAUUUUUUGUGGGUUAUUAAAGAGAUUCAGAAGAGACAAGAAUAGUAAUAAUGAUUUAAAGGAUCUGAAUAAGGAUACUGAAAAGAAAGUAAAUGAGACAGAAUUGGAGAGGAGUUACGGAAUAGAUAACAACAAUUGCUUUAGGGUAUUAUAUAAAAAAAUGAGAAUUCUAGUAGAAACCAAAUCAUAUAGAGUUUCAGUAAUAAGAGCAAAAAAGGUAAACAGACCUUCAAAUUACGGAAAAAACAUUCAAUGUAAUGUGAUCUUUGACUUAAGUAGAAAAAAUCUUGUAUUAACAAGCUUGUUAAUGAAACCAGAAAAGAAAUCCAUAAUGUUGGCAAACUUAAAAAUAAUAAGAUGUAAGCCAGUACCAAUAAUAACAAGAUCCUAUAAAACAGCAAUAAGAUACUUGGUAGCUUUAUUAUUAAGGUAUCGUAGACAUGAAUUGGAGGAAGAUGUUAUUUUGGAUGAUUUACUUUAUGAAUUACCUCUUAGAGAAGACUUAUUGAGUUCCCCGAAUAUCUUUAAAGGAGCAAUAAUACAACCAAGGGAGAGAAAAGUAAAUAGAAGGAUUUACCAUCUGAAUAACUUGUUACUUCCAGUUUAUACAAGAGUUUUGGUGGAUAAUAGAAGAGGGGGAUUUGGUGAAGAUUUGAACUUUAGCGAUUAUGCAUUAUAUAUGGAAUUUGAAUCCAAGAAAAAGUCCCAAGAAUUUAUAAAGAAUUUGAAUGAAUUAAGACGUGAUGAGCAUGUUGAAAGAUUGUUUGAAGAGUAUUCAAGUAUGUUUAAAUAA